AGUCUUUGUUUGCUUUCUGUUAUUGCAGCUGGACCAAUUGCACACAUGAGCCAGCAUAAAUAACAAUAAAUACAAUUAUAUUAUAUUAAUAUGAAAGGUGGCACAUUUCGCAACACACAAUGGGAUCCCACGCUGCUGACAUCCCAGAUUGUGUCCAUGCAGUGCUGCGUGUACUUCUCGCUGGGCCUGCUCGUGUUUGUGGCCAACAAGUUGGCUGGCGACAACUACACACUGGAUCACCUUUUCGAAUACCAUGAAAUACAUAUUUAUGAUCUGGGCGGUCGUCUGGUCAUCUGCGCUUUUGUGUUAAAUGCUUUUGUGGCCUCCUUGGCGCUCUGGUGCAUUGUUCGCCGCGCCAAGCUGUGCCUGGACUUCAGCUGCACUUUCCAUUUGGUGCAUCUGAUCAUCUGCUGGUGGUACAAUCGCUCCUUUCCCGCCAACGCCUCCUGGUGGCUGCUUAAUGUGAUUACCGCAACGAUAAUGUGCAUAGGCGGCGAGUUUUUGUGCCUGCAAACCGAAAUGAAGGAGAUUCCCGUGGGCUAUGCGGCGCUCAAUCAGAAGUCGGACGUUUGAGUGAACCCACAGAUAGAUAAACCAUGUGAUUGUGAUGCUAACCAAGCCACCCAAUUACUCUAAACAUACUUUUAAUUUAUUGUACAACAAUUUAAGUAUAUAUAAACGCUAAUGCAAUAUCUGAUAUAUGUAGGGCGCGCCACGCUUCAGGUUCAGCUCCUUGGGCACCGUCUGUGGUGGCAUAAAAAACUUCAGCUCCGCGGCUGCCGGAUCGCUGGAUGGGCUGCCAUUGUGCCUGAACAGCUGCCAGAUGUGCAGCUGGCUCGGCACCAGAUACCAAUAGCUGAACAUGAGCCCGAACGAGACGAUCAGCGCGCCAAGCAGCAGCAGCGUCCAGCAUUGCGUGCGUUGUGACUUCUGCAUGAUGUGCCCUCAACUAAGAGCUUCUUCUGAAAACAAGUCGAAUUGACAGAAAAAUAAAAACGCUUUGCAAUCGACUAAGCAAA